UUUGAAUUAGCUGUGAUCAAUCCUGCGUUUGUAAUGGGACCGAUGCUUAGUGGGUCAGACUGUACAUCAAUGGUAGUACUCAAGAAACUACUUCAACGACAAAUGCCAGCGUUGGCUAAAAUAAACUUUGCUGUUGUAGAUGUACGUGACGUAGCAGAAGGACACGUCAAAGCAAUGACAUUACCAGAAGCAGCAGGCAAAAGACAUAUCAUGUGUGCUGAUAACAUAUGGAUGAAAGAGAUUGCUAUUAUUUUAGAAGAUGAAUUUAAAUCCCAAGGAUACAACGUUCCUACUUGGGUGAGUCCAGAUAUUGGUAUAAAAUUCUUUGCUUUAUUUGAUAAAAAUGUUCGCCUUGUUGUCUCAGCCUUAGGAAAGGUCACUGUAUUUGAUAAUGCACGGAUGAGGGAGGUACUUGGUGUUCAGCCACGCAGCAUAAAAGAAACUGUGAUAGAUAUGAGCUACAGCAUCAUAGAGGGUGGUUUUGUACCCAAGAAAUCUAAAUAUCAUGGACCACCAAAAGUGGAAGUUAAACCAACAGAAUCUUAAAAUGGUGAUGUAUGAAGCUGACAUGCAUAGUAAUGGGAAGAGACUUUGGGAAAAAAAUUAAUUAUUAUCAUUUAUAUGGGCUGAUAGUAUCCAUUUAAGCUGGC